AAUAGAAAAAGCUGUAUCACCUGCUCCAUUUCAUCCACUCCAUCUUUUUCUACUAACAAAUUUUCUUCAUAUGUAUAUAUAUAUACCCUUGGGAUCAUUUAGCUGAAACAACAAUCUUAGCUUCUCUGAUCAUCUUUCUUGUCCAAUGGCAGGUCAAAAGAUACUCUCCUUCCUGGUUCUAACUCUCCUUGUUAGUUUCACAGCUGCGGCUCGACUUCUUGAUGAAAAAGAUACGUUCCCAGCCACAAACACCCCUGGCUCAGGUCCCUUCCCUGGUCCUUUACCAGCGUCUGGCUCAGGUUCUGUAGGAACUGGCUCGGGUUCUGCGGGUACCGGUUUCAGUUCAGGAACAGGAUCAAUACCAUCAAGUGGUUCAGCAGGUGCUGCUGCAACUGGUCUCGGUGCCGGAACAGGGCCAGGCUCAUCAAGUGGUUCAGGUCCUUUGACUACUACUGGUUCUGGUCCUCUACCAAUCGCUGGCUCUGUUCCUGGUCCUUUACCGGUCAAUGGUGGUCCAGGUUCCUUGCCUGCCACUGGUCCCAGUCCUUUACUUCCUCUACCGGCUGGUGGUUCAUCCACUGGUCCCGGUCAAGCUCUUGGAGGUGGUGCAGGUGCCGGUACAGCUCUUGGUGGUGGUGGUGUAGGUCCUGACCACACACUGGUAUUUUUCAUGCACGAUAUACUCGGCGGCUCAAACCCCACGGCUAGAGCCGUAACUGGAGUCGUUGCGAACCCGGCUUUAAGUGGCCAGCUCCCAUUCGCUAAACCCAACGGCGCAAACCUUCCUAUAACCAACGGAGUUCCAGCUAACAACAACAACAACGGUAUCGUCAACAACAACAACGUCCCUCUUCUCGUUGGACUUGGUGGGACCACGGCUAACAUCCUCCAGAACAACGGAAAUAACGGUAACAACAACCUUUUAAACGGUCUACCGGUUGCUAACGGCGGUCAGCUCCCGAGCGGUUCCGCUCUACAGAUGCUUAUGUUCGGGACAAUGACAGUGAUUGACGACGAACUAACUGAAGGCCACGAGCUCGGGUCUGGUUUGCUCGGGAAAGCGCAGGGGUACUAUGUGGCGAGUGCGGUUGAUGGAACUAGCCAGACGAUGGCGUUUACUGCCAUGUUUGAGAGCGGCGGUUAUGAAGAUAGUAUAAGCUUCUUUGGUGUUCAUAGAACAGCGGCUUCGGAGUCGCAUUUAGGAGUUAUGGGAGGGACCGGGAAGUAUGUGAACGCGAGAGGAUUUGCGAUUGUGAAGACGUUUACAGGAUCUAGCGGGACGCAACAGCAGCAGCCGCAUCAGUUCACUGAUGGACUUGAGACUGUUCUUCAGUGUACUGUCUAUCUUUCUUGCUAGUUUUUAUUUAAUGUUAUGUUUGGAGUUUGUGAAUGUUUGGUGUGGAAUGUAUGUGAUAUGUCAUUUGUAAUAUAAAUGUGAAAGAGUUGUGUA